AUGAGUUUUCGAGCGGAAGGAAAAAACGAAUUAAUCUCGCUACGUAAUCAACUUGAUUCAAAUGAUCCAGCUCAACGCAAAAUUGCAGCCAAAAGAGUUGUUGCAAUGAUGAGAGCUGGCGAAAAUCUUUCAAUUUUAUUUUCUUCAAUGUUACGUUGUGUAAAAACAAAUGAUAUCGAAUUAAAGAAAUUAACAUAUCAUUACUUAGUUACCUAUGCAACCAGCGAGCCUGAACAAUCUAUUAUGGCCGUCAAUACUUUCAUUCAAGACAGCCAAGAUUUUAAUCCACUCAUACGUGCGCUGGCUGUUCGUACUAUGUGUAGAAUUAAGAUCGAUACUGUUGCAGAGAACAUGAUUCUCCCUUUAAAGCAAACUCUUGCUGAUAAAGACCCAUACGUUCGAAAGACAGCAGCUUUAGCGGUUGCCAAGCUUUACGAAGUCAUUCCUGAGCAAGUAGAAACAGCCCAAAUCUUUCCAAUUUUGAUGAAAUUAUUAUCAGACGAAAAUCCUUUAGUUGUUUCUAAUACAACAAUUGCAUUAUUCGAAAUUAACGAGCACAGAACUACUCCUCUCUUCGUUCUCAACGAAAAGACAGUUUCUCCACUGAUUGCUGCAUUAACUCAAUGCAGCGAGUGGGUUCAGACCAAUCUUCUUGAUUGCCUUUCAAAAUACAAACCGCUCGAGGCAAAAGAAGCAGAUUUCUUGAUUGAUAGACUUAUUCCGUUUUUAAAGCAUUCCAAUCCGUCAGUAUCCAUUGGAGCUUUCAGAUGCAUCUUCAUGUUCAUGAAUAAGUCCGAAAAACCUGAACAAGAAAUCUUUUCAAACAUUAUUCCUCCAUUCAUCACAAUGUGCUCUUCUGGUGAGCCAGAAAUACAGUUUAUUGUAUUGAGAACUAUUUCUCUUUUCGUUAACAAAUAUCCGAAAGCACUUUCAAAAGAAAUCCGCGUUUUCUUCAUUAAAUACAACGAUCCUUCAUACAUUAAGAUGGAAAAGCUCAAUAUUCUCAUUCAGAUUGUCUCACCCAAGAAUAUUACGCUCCUUCUUGACGAAUUGGACGAAUAUUGCAACUCGGUCGAUAUCGGAUUUGUCACAAAGUCGAUAGAAAUACUUGGCCAGCUUGCCACUAAAAUCGAAGCAUCCGCUCGUCGGGUUGUUGACAUUCUUGUUCGUCAAGUUGAAUCAAAGAACGAUUUCGCAUGCGAACAAGCCAUUAUCGUCAUUACAGAUAUUCUCAGACGCUUCCCCGGAGAAUUUGAGUCCGUUAUUACAGUUGUUUUCAAGAAUAUUGAGAAUAUUAAAAAUUCCAGAGCGAAAGCAUCAGCAAUUUGGAUACUCGGCGAGUAUUGCCAGCGCAUAGACAAUGCAUCCGACAUAUUAGAUAUGUUUAUUGACUCAUUCCACGACGAAUCUCCCGAAGUUCAGAUUGAAUUGCUCACAGCUCUUGUUAAAGUAUACUGUUUGAAGCCAGACGAGUCCAAGGACCAGCUCCAGUUCGUUCUCAACGAAUCCAUCAAGGAGAGCGUCCUUCCAGACGUCAGAAACAGAGCUCUCAUUUACUGGCGCCUUCUUUCCGCAGAUCCAGAAGCUGCAAAGAAGAUUAUUGUGUUCCCGAAGCAUCUCACAGGCCAGAACAGCUCCAAGUUCACUCCACAAGUCCUUGACGAGCUUAUUAAGAACAUAGGAAAUGUUUCUGGUGUUUUACAUGUUGCUCCUGUUGAUUUCAUCAGAAGAGUUCGAUACAUGCCUGAAGAUAAUGAUGAAGAAGUCGAGAAUUACGAUGUUUCAUGGGAUCUCGCCAAAUCUCAGGAGAACUUGAACGUUUUCGUGUCUUGGCAAUCACAAAAAUUCUUUUUGAAAGUUGUAAACAAAAGCCAAGAAAAAAUUUCCAAUUUCGCACUCGCAUUGAAUAAGAAUCCAAUUGGAAUAAAUCUUGAUCAAGACGUAAAGUUCCCUACAGAAUUACAAUACGGAGAAUCAUUCGAAGUCCAGAUUCCUAUCAAAGUUUUGCCUGAAACAGCUGCAAACUUCGAACAAACUGACCUUCAAUUUGCUUUGAGAACAAAUAGCGGUUUGGUAAUGUUCACUUCACCUAUCAACAUUUAUGCAGUUUGCAAACGAGUUGAUGGUGUUAACAAGCAGAGUUUCGAGUCAUCAUGGACAAUGGCACCAGGUGAAGAUGCAAUUUCGAUCAAGGGAACAAUGGCAGAUAAUGUUUAUCUUGAAUCAAAGAAUAUUUCAGUUGUUUCUAAUGAAAACAACGUCAUCAUGUGUGUUUUGAAUUUCGGUAAUUGUACAUAUCUUGUUAAGAUGCGUCAGAGUGGUGAAGAUGUUCAAAUAUUAGUCCGUGGUCAGAAUAACUUAUUCCCUAUUAUCAGAAACAAUGCUCAAUCUCUAUUUCUUCUUCAAUAA